CCCCUCUACCAAGACGCACAAGUCUCUGAACCGAAGGAUAUCUCGGCCUCCCUACAGAAGCUGACUGUUCGGAUCUAUGUAAUGAUUUAUCCCACACCAUGAUCCCAUACCGAUACGAAAUUUAGACAUAUUUAGUCAGUAAAUCGACAGAUUUGUUCAAGGACAUUGGUUGGCGUCAACCAUGCGCAAAAAUUCACGCUAUCAAAGCAGAGAAUCGCCGUAAACGGAAUGAUCGUGUCUCACGUGAAGUCACCCUGAUUGUUUGUUUUUAAAGAAAGCGACACGCACAUCGGCUCCGAAAAUAUCCGCAACCAAGAGACCGAAGUGGGAACGAACGCUGACAUCCGCAGUAUAUCUGGAAAUACGGUGUCCUGAGCCAUGGGGGCCUUCUUGGACAAACCGAAGACAGAGAAACACAAUGCUCACGGAGCGGGCAACGGUCUACGCUAUGGCCUGAGCAGCAUGCAGGGCUGGCGGGUAGAGAUGGAGGAUGCACAUACGGCUGUUGUGGGUCUGCCACAUGGCCUGGAUGACUGGUCCUUCUUCGCAGUGUAUGACGGUCACGCUGGCUCCCGCGUAGCCAACUAUUGCUCCAAACACCUGCUGGAGCACAUCAUAACCAGCAGCGAGGACUUCCGUUCAGGGCCCGACACUGUGGAGGGAGUUAAAAGUGGCAUUCGUUCUGGCUUCCUGAAGAUUGACGAGUACAUGCGCAACUUCUCAGACCUACGUAAUGGCAUGGACCGUAGCGGUUCCACGGCAGUCGGUGUGCUGGUGUCCCCUGAACACCUCUAUUUCAUCAACUGUGGAGACUCCCGUGCUGUUCUCAGCCGUGCCGCACAGGUACGGUUCUCCACACAAGACCACAAGCCGUGCAACCCACGUGAAAAAGAGCGCAUUCAAAACGCGGGAGGUUCUGUGAUGAUCCAAAGGGUGAAUGGUUCUCUUGCUGUGUCACGUGCCCUGGGGGACUAUGACUACAAGUGUGUGGAUGGGAAGGGCCCCACUGAGCAGCUGGUAUCUCCAGAACCGGAGGUGUUUGAAAUCCCACGCAUUUCAGAAGAGGAUGAGUUUGUGGUGCUCGCUUGCGAUGGUAUCUGGGAUGUGAUGAGCAACGAGGAGCUGUGUGAUUUUGUGCGUUCUCGGCUAGAGGUGUGGGAUGACUUGGAGAAGAUCUGCAACUCUGUGGUGGACACCUGUUUACAUAAGGGAAGCCGUGACAACAUGAGUGUUGUUCUAGUAUGUUUCCCCAAUGCGCCGAAGGUAUCAGAGGAGGCUGUCAAGCGAGAGGCCGAGUUGGACAAGUUCCUGGAGGCUCGUGUGGAAGAAAUCAUGGAGAAGUCAGGGGAGGAAGGCGUCCCAGAUCUGAGCCAUGUCAUGCACAACCUUCGCCCUGAGAGCAUCCCCAACCUGCCUCCGGGAGGUGGUCUCGCUAGCAAACGUAGUGUAGUUGAAGCUGUUUACAACAGGCUAAACCCACACAGAGAAGAAGAUGGGGACAGCCAGGGAGGAGCAGCUGGCGGUGAGGAGGAAGAAGAGGGCAGCUCCGCCACCGCCCACCUGCUGGAGGUGCUACGACAGUUCCGGGUCAGUCACCGAGGUGAAUAUCGCCAAGUGCUGGAGCAGGCGCUCUCCACUUAUCGGAUGUCCUACGGGACGGGCGCCACGACACGGACCGACCCCAAGGAGGAGCCUCCCUCGCCUCUACCAUCCCCAGCCACUGAACCCCUCAGCUCUGAGGAGGGACAAGACGAAGCCGCUACAUCACAGUCUCUGGACGAGCUCUCUGGCGCCCCCACUGCAUGACCCUAUUUAGUACCUACUAAACCCAGCCUUGCUAUCAAACCCCUUUCCCCAGACCUUCUCUCUGGCCCAGACUGCUAGGUUGCUUUGGGCAUUUUUCCUCCUUAGAGCACUUCCAGUGCAGGUUUUUGGUUGUCUUUAUGGAUUUGUAAUAGCACUUUGGGUGGUAUUCUUUUGUGUUUUUGUUUGUGAGCUCUGAAAACAGUAAAAGUAGCAUACAGAGGAAGUUUUGCACUGAAUUCUCAUCACUAAAAACCUGCUCUGCAACUGCAAGUGAGGUUGACCUUGGCAUAUCCCAGCUCUGUCUGCAGUAAGCACUUUCUCAUAUCUGCACUUAGCCUAGUCUUUUUAAAACGAGACAUGGUGGUGUCAUCUAAUAGAUAGAUGUUAAAAGGAUUUUUACUUUCUUUCUUUCUUUCUUUGACAUGACAUGAAAAAAAUCAAUGUCACGACAAACAGACAUCAAGGUAAAUAAUUCAUUUUUGGUGAACUCUCUUUUUGAGGAGAUUUGAAUACUGUCACACACCCCUGAAUGAUUUGAUCAUCACCCUUUCACACCCAAAGAGUUUACCCAUAUAAGUAGUUAAACAUUUAAAAUAGCAAUGGACAAUCUGGGCCAUGCCAAGAAUACAUGUAACCGUUUGCUCUCGUGCCAUGCUAUGGAUAUGUACUCUGUAUUCUGGGUUGUCUUGUGGCUGAUCAUAGUUAUAGGAUAUUAACGUACUGUAGUAAACAUCAGGUACAACUUCUGGUGUGCUCUGUCUAGUGUGCUUGAGUGUGUGUGAAUCAAAUUUUUGAAAUGCGAGAUGAUUUAACUGAUCAAAAGCAAUUCUUUCCAUCUAAUGCCAUUUAUGUGUAUAUCUUCCCCUCUCUCCAUAUCGCUUUCAUAUCGGUGUAGAAUUUGAGCUGACCUCUCGAAUAUGAUUGUCCUGUGUCUGCUCUUUGAGUGUUCACCGUUAACUACUCUCCAGGUGUCUCCUUGAGAAAGAAGCACAAAAUGGAAAUACCCUGGCUUUAUGAGCAUGGACCAUAUGAGAUAUCAGAAACUUACACAAUCAUUUGUUCUUGCAAAAUUCUUCUUUCGUCUGUUGUGCUGAUCCAAUCAGUCAGUGAAUGUCAAAGUCAUUAACUGAAAGGGGACAAUACCUUUAGAAGGACUUUUUGCAAUCUAUAAAUUGGGCAACGCUACUACAUGAUCAUUCAUGAAUGUCUGUACACUGCAGUAUUUGCACAGGGCUUCUUAUCACACUUCUUAUUUUUAUGACCCAAGUUUUUGGAAAGCAAGCUGAAUUCUGUCCAUGUGGAUUGUCAUGUCGCAAAAUAUCUGAUGUUCCAAACUGCUUUUGUUUUGUGAUUUCUUUGGCUGAUUUUAUCAAGCCAUUUGAAGCUGAUUACUUAGCUGAUUUGGAAGUUAAUGCAUAACACAAACUGUAUAAUCUUCUUAACAGUUAGCGUAAGUGCAUGCAUAAUGCUGCCAUUGUUAUAUUAAACUAAUGUUACUAAAAUACAGGCUCAGCAGAAUCAAAGAGCUUUAUUGUCCAUAGAGCAGUAUUUGCUCUAUUGGGUUCAUUUAUUAUUUUAUUUUUUCCUGGGCAAAGGUUUGUAUACAUUUUGUUUCACGCUGAAAUUCAAAAUAAAUCAAAUUUAACUAUUAAUCUCUGUCUUUGCUCCAAUUCAUUAUUACAUUUGAGAUUACAAACCACAUAGAAUGCUGUUAGUUUAAUGGGUGCUAGUUAUAGCUCUUAUAAAAACUUGUUCACUCCUAACUAUACUUCAUAAUCAAACAUGGCUUAUGUUUUUACUCAUGAGUUUUGUUAGUGGAAGUUUGAGGCUGAGGUAAGUGAGCUUCAAAUGUGGCUUAAUUGUUUAAAAUCCGGUUUUAAAUUGGGGAAAUUAGUUUUCUUCUCAUAUGGAAAUACAACUAAUUUCAGAAAAAGUUUGUUGGCCCGUCCUUGCAGGUCUAAACACCCAACAACCCCCCUCCACCCCCACCCCCCUUUUUAAUGAUUAAGCGUAUUGUUGUUUUUUUUGUUUUUUUUGUACAUCAAAUAUAUUUGAUGUUUUUGAAAAACAUUAAGUAUCAGAAGUUUAUGCUCACAAAGAUUAUUUAGGUUUAGUUUAUUUGAUGAAAUAUACAGUAAUAUUGUGAAAUAUUGCAUCCUUGCUGGAUAAAAGUAUUAUUUUUCAAAAAAUAAAAUAACAAUAAUUUAACUGACCCUGAACUUUGUAUUAUUACUAUUCAUUUAUUUCUAUUCAGAACUAUGUAAAACCAAGUCCAUGCUUCAUUUUUCAUGAUUCCAAAAAUGAGGAAAUCUUCCUUUCUCUCCUUUUCUCGUCUUUCACAUCCUCACAGGUUUCAUUGUUUCUUUUACACCCCCCCCCCCCCCCCCAGUUCUCACUAGUAAGUGUUUUACCUUUUUUAAUUUUUCUCUGUUUGCUCAUUUCUUUCCCUUUCUUGUUUUCUCCCUGUCGCAGAGCGGAGGUGACCUGGACGACCCCUGGUAGCCUGAGCAGCCAACGGCUUCUGAAUCCACACGAGUAUGUCCUCAGUUCACACAAGAAAAACCUUUGCUCACACACUUUUUGGUUUCAAUUCGGAGAGCGUCAUAGGAAAUGCAAAGCGACGAGUUUGAGAAUACGUAUGCUUGUUUUUUAAAGAUGAGAAAACUACAGAAAUCGUAUUUUUUUUUUUUUUUCUUUUUUUUUUUUUUUUUAGAACUUCAUUGUACAGUAGAGAUUUAUUUUUACUCCCACCCCCCUCCCUCCUGAAAUCUGUGUCAAUUACGAGCAGUGAUGGGACUGCUCGAGCAGAAGUUGCUGGAUGCUAAUUUGGAGGCGUGGACUCUGAACUCAGCUGGAGGAGGGCGGGGCCAGUGAGCUCUGAGAGGGACAGGGACCCUCGUUCAGACACGGCUCUCUUUGAACCCCUUCACAACCACGCAUGUGCAGCUUUUCGGAGGCAUGAUCACCGUUUUUGCCACCCUCUUUAACCCUGCGACCCUUACAAGCUCUAUCCCACCAGCUUGGACAGCAGCCACCGAAAUGUAAUUUAUCUGUUGUGGAUUUUUCUUUUUCUCUUUUGGGGCCGAGGGGACUUUGUUCUAGUGUCAUUCAUUUUGGGGCUUGCUUUUAAACAUGAAAAUAAAAAAAAAGAAUAACCCUAGGACACUCUUGAGACUCAAUCCUGACAGCAGGAGAUUACUCUCUGAAUGGAGAGAACUUUAUUUAGAGGAGCUUGUCACGGUGACUUCCUUACAGUUGCCUCAGAGACCGUACAUAAGAACUGAACUCCUCCUCUUUUUCGCAGCACACUCCGUCACCUGCUCUCCCCACUGAUUUAUCCCCAUCAGCUUGCCUUUUGGUUUGUGGUUUUCUCUAACAAAAUAGUCCAGUUUCAAAUGGGUUUCCCCCUCUAUCAUUUUGACUCAUCAUUUUAAAAAAUGUUUUUUAUUGCAGAUUAUAUGGCGUAUUUGAUAUUGUUUGAUUGCACUCACAUUUGAUAAUGAAAACAAAAAAUACUGAAAAAAAAACUGAGAGCGAAGCUAUGAGAGUGUUUCUAAAGUGAAACUGCAGAAAUAUGUAUGUGUAUAUAGCUAUAUUUUUUUUUUCUCCUUUAACAGCGGAGUGAAAGAGUGGGAGGGGACGCUCUCUCCUCAGACUGACUGAUAGGUACUUGAAUAUUCAUUAUGAGUGGUUCUGAUGGGGUUUUUUUUUUAGUAAUCCUUACUGUAGGAUUGUUUUCUAACUGUGCCUGUAAAAGGUGAACCAUGCUCUAAGGGUGUACUUACAGGAUAGUCGGCUCUGAAUGAAUGUACCCCUUAUUUACACUGAUACACAAUACAUAUACCUUCACCCACCCAUUUGUACAUUCUCAUGCAUAACAUUUUCAUAUGUGCAUUUAUUGUUUGAUUAGCUUCAUCGUAUACAUUCACAUUCUUACUCCAUUUACUUCACGUGAGGUUUUUUUUGUUUGUUUUUUUUUCUGCGCUGUGCGAUCACCGGACAUGCACAUGUUCUGGAGGCCUUUUUCUUCCUUCCUUUUUUUGUUUUUGGUUGUUUAUUAAUCGACUUCACCUGCUCUGGUGUGUAGCUUUAAAAUGAGUGUUUAAUUGAAUUUUAUGAGAUGAUUAUGUAUGUAUAUAUAUUUUUGCAGUUUUCCCCUCUUCUGGUACACAUAACUUGUAGCCAUAUGCUGGAAAGCUUCAUUUUAAGAUGAAUAGAUUUGAGUCCAUUUCCAGUUGAGAUGGUAAAGAGAUAUAUUUUGUGCGGUGAGUGCUCAAGGACAUUCAUUUGCGUUGUGUAUAUCAACAAUUAUUGAUGCAUAGAAUAACUGAGACAAAGUAUUUUAUUUAUUCCAAAGUCUGUUGGCUUAAGAAGAGAGGGUUUUGCCGGAGGGGGAAACUACUGUCCCGUGUGUUUUGGAGAGUGUGAUUGAAUGCUUUUGCUCUCACGUCCUUGCUUUCUUUCUCUCUGAUUCUCUCUAACCACCUGACGAGCUCAUGUAAUGAACGUCCCCAGUAUGAUGUUGUGAUGUUUCAGUAGCAAACCGUGAAUAUGAUCUGUUCUCCUCAAUAAAGGAUUGCUAAAGUUUGAUGUUAACACAA